UGCUCGGCGGUGGGUUGUUUGGUGAAAAGGUAACAUCAUGGCGUCGGGAACAGGGGAGCCGUCCAGCGGACACGAUGCAGAAUUGGACGAAUUACUGGACAGUGCGCUGGAUGACUUUGACAAGACACCGGCCCCUCCAGCUCCUGAACCUGCAGCUGCUUCCUCCUCAGCCACCAUUGGUGCAGAGAAGCCACCUAUGCUUGAAGACUGCAAGCUCUUUGAGACUCUCUUCGAGGGGGACAUGGCAACCCAAGCCAGGGAUGAGUGGGAGAAGGCCAUGACGGAGCUGGCCCACGAGGAGCCAGAACUACUGCAGCACUUCAACAAACUGUCAGAGGCUGCAGGCAAAGUUGGCAGUGACACGGCCUCCCAACAAGAAUUCACUUCCUGUCUUAAAGACACCCUGCGUGGCCUGGCCAAAAAUGCAGACAACCUGCAGACCUCAGGACUAGCUGGAGAAGACCUAGUCAAGGCUCUGGAAGGCCUGGGAAUAGAAGAGGGUGGUGAGGGAGGCGGAGAUGACGGAAACAUCCUCCCCAUCAUGCAGUCCAUCAUGCAGAACCUCCUCUCUAAGGACGUGCUUUAUCCGUCUCUCAAAGAGAUCACUACUAAGUACCCAGAAUGGUUGGAAGCCAACAAGCCGAGCCUUAGCCCAGAGGACUACCAGCGCUACGAGCAGCAGGCCAAAAUCAUGGGAGACAUCUGUAAGCACUUUGAGAACGAGGAGCAGGGGGCAGGGGAUAAAGACGGCAUGUUCGAGGGCAUCAUGGAGCUGAUGCAGAAGCUUCAAGACCUGGGCCAACCACCCAAAGAGCUAGCAGGUGAUGCGCCUCCAGGCUUAAACUUCGACAUGGAGUCCCUCAAUCUCCCAGGAGGCAUCGGGGCUGGGGCGGCAGAGCAGUGCUCCAUCAUGUGACGGGGAAGCGUUGCGGUCCAUCAGAAGCAACCGAAGCCCCGGGGCUCACUCUGUGUGUGUCAGCAACAGGCAGGGAGUGAAAGAGUGUGAAGCAAAGGUCAGGCAGGAGUGUGACCAGACCGUUCGAUGCUGUUCUCCCUCAAGUAGAAGGUGUGUGGAUGCAGAAACAACUGGAGGCACGAAAACCAACGAAACCACACACACACACACACGCCUUACACACUCUCUCCUGUCUAAAAUCACUGAACUCACAACUAAGAACAUUUCAACAUUUCUGCAUUAUUUUGUCAGCGGUUGUCGCGGCUCCUUCACGGUUUAGUUUUAACAGCAUUUCUUUAUAAAGGAAAAUACCACUGCCGUUUUUCAUGUUGUUUUUACGAAAACUGUUUAGCCUCAUGGUAAAAUCUAUCAAACCACCUCACGGGUAUUAACAGUGCCUUUGCAAAAUAACUUUAAGUUAUUGUUUUAGGUCUUUAGAUUUUGCUGUCAUUCAGCUAAGCACUUAAGAUUAUAGUUUUAAAGUGGUGUGAAUUCUGCAAUAUCAUCCCAUUUUUACACCAAGUAAGUGAUCAUUCUUUGGUACUUCAUUAAACACACACCUAUGUGUCUGUAGAGGAUGUAACUUAACGAGUUAAUUACUUAUUAACAUGAAAGGAAACUGGAAGAAAAAAAAGUGUACAUUUGUUAAUUAUUUAAAUGAUUAAAAAUACUAGAGAGGAGUGAAAACCUUGUGAGAAGUUCCCAGCGCUUACUGUAACUUACCCAACUAAUUUAAAGAGACCCACUCCCAGGUAUUGAUUUGAUAUGAUUGAGAUGAUAACUCCUGUUUGCCUUUUGCUGUGGUGAGUGUAGACACAGUGUGCAAAGUGCUCCCUUUGUGAUUCCCAGUGUUUUUAAUGUGCAGAGUGAUGUUUUCUUUGGUAUGAGUUCCCUGCUAGGAAAGAAAAAACGAUUAGGGAUAUUACGGGAGUGUUUACCACCAUGUACUUUUGUCCUGUACCCUCUAUUGAAAGUACAUCAUGUUCUUUCCAGAAGUGUGUCACGCGAGGAUAGAAACCUUUCUGUCAUUCAUACGGAUGCACUGUUGGGUGAAACAUCAACAGCCUGAUGACAUGUUGGCUUUGCUCGGUGGGUUUGUUUACUCCAGCGGCCACUUUUUACACCAGUGGACACAUUUUUAGCUCUGUGACCAUAGAGAGAGAGAGGACUAGAAGUCACACGACCAUCAGCUCAUCAAUAACUGUAUAAUAAAGGGGUUACUGUGAAAGGAUUCAUUCAGCCAUGCAGUGAAAAUAAUAACAGAUUUACACUAAACACAGCUGAGGGGAGGCUGCUGUGGAGGUCCAUGUGGGGUGGGGGGGGGGGUGCAAUCUAUUCAACUCUCAGGGCUGAUGCAAACAUUCCCACAGCACGUUAAAAAAAAAUGCAUCCUGUUUGACUCAAUCUUUUUCUGUAAAUAUAUGAAAUAAAAUAAUGGUAUAA